UUACCAAAAUGGCGCUUACAAUGAAAAUAUUUUGGUUGAAUUUCGUCUUUGUGCUGUAUUGUGGUUUGGCGGCAGCGGARAAAGUUAUGCGUCCCAGUUUUAAGGACGUCAAAGUUUGGAGUGAUGAGAAGUAUGUGACGCAUAAACUGGCCUUCGACUCAAAGGAUCCACAUCUCAACUUUACGCUUAAUGUGUUGAAGGAACUUCACGAUGUUGACAUUCACACCCACAUUCGUAUUGUUCAGAAAAAGGACCCCACAUAUUUCUUUACCACAAACUCUACAAUGAAUUUCUGUCGUAUGAUCAGUUGGCGUAAUGCCUCUCCGGUCGGUGCACUUCUACAUACAUAUAUGAAGGAAUAUGGAAACUUGAUUGAAAAAUGUCCGAUAGUGAAGGGUGAAUAUUUCAUACAUAGAUUCUGGUAUCCCGAGGAUGUGACYUUCGCCACCUUGCCCGAAGUCGAUUUCGAAAUUGAUUUCUCCGCUUAUCACGUGGACGCUAGCAUGAAUCGUGAAAUGAUCAUCAACGAUCACAUCACCGGCGAAGGCACCGUGCACGAUGUGAACAAUGUGAAGCCGGGUCUCUUAGCGCUAUURCCGAAAGYAGGUUAAAAGCGGAGAUGGAUAAAWGAAAGAGGCAAA